AUGAGAAACAGAGCUACCAAGAAAACUAUGAAAAACAGAGGAAGCAGGAGAACUUUGAGAAACAGAGGAACCAAGAGAACUAUGAGAACCAGAAGAAUUAAGGAAACUAUGAGAACCAGAGGAACCAAGAGAACUAUGAAAAACAAAGGAACCAAGAGCACUAUGAGAAACAGAGGAACCAAGAGAACUAUGAGAAACAGAGGAACCAAGAGAACUACGAGAACCAGAGGAACCAAGAGAACUUUGAGAACAAAGAGGAACCAGGAGAACUAUGAGAACAAGAGGAACCAAGAGAGUUAUGAGAACCAGAAGAACCAAGAGAACUAUGAGAACCAGAGGAAAAAAGAAACCAGGAAAACUAUGAGAAACAGAGCAACCAAGAAAACUAUUAAAAACAAAGGAACCAAGAGAACUAUGAGAAACAGCGGAACCAAGAAAAUUAUGAGAACCAGAGAAACCAAGAGAACUAUGAGAACCAGAAAAACGAAGAAAACUAUGAGAACCAGAGGAACCAAGAGAACUAUUGAAAAGCAGAGGAACCAAGAGAACUAUGAAAAGCAGAGGAACCAAGAGAAAUAUAAGAACCAGAAAAACCAAGAUAACUAUGAGAACCAGAGGAACCAAUAG